GCCUUGCAAGACAUAGCGUAGCCUUAGAAACUAAAAACAAAACAAUAAUAAACAACUAUUUUUUAACAAAAAAUUACAAAAAGAUCAUGCCAACAACCAAUCCAGUGUUUUUAAUAUUCUAAUAUAAUUUUUUUAUGUGCAAAAAGUGUUGAAUAUGCAAAAUUUUCGCAUCAUGGCCGAGAAACUAAAAUCUAACCUUCAUGUGUACUUUUUUCACAAGGAAACAAUGUUCAAUCUGUUAUAUUAAUUUUAUGUGUGAGUGUGUGCGUGGGUUCGAAAUUCAAAAAUGACAGCAACGAUUUACUUUCGCGCCAGAAAAUUAAAAAUGGUGGCAAUUUACGUUUUAUAUUACGUGUUCAAAAUAAAAUUGAAAUGAUGACGUUCUAAAUGUGUGUUUUUGUAAAAUAUUAGCAAAAAUGUGAACUAGUGACUUGGAAUAAUUGUUUUGUAAUAAAAAAAUACUGUUUUAGUGUGUGCUGUGUGCCCUUAAAUUGGAUUUAAAUUAAUAUUAAGCAAAAAUGUCACCCUAAAAAAAUGGCGCUGAAACUAAAAUACAAGGACGAACACGGGGUAGUUCACAUCAACAUGAGCCCCACGCCUUCCAGCCCCAAGACCCAGCCCGACGACCUCACAGGCCCCAAGUUCGACACCAUCAACAACAGAUUCGGACAGUACGAUCUCUUCGGGGGCAAGUACGACGUCGAUUCGGGGGGGGAAACCCCCCGUUCACUCUUCCGAAGCCGCUACAACUCUAUCGAGGAGGAGCUAGCCAACACUCCAUACGCAUUCACUACCGAACGCUCGCUUCGACUCAACAGCGCGAACAAACUAGACAUUACUAUAAACCGCGACGAUAAUUCUCCCUCAAAAGAUAUUCAAGACGAUCGAUUUUUUAAACGGAAAUUGAGUUUGGAAUACGAUGAAUCGUUAUUCGGGCCGCAAAUCGAUUUUAAAGUGAACGAGAGUGGUGCGCCGGCGUUUACGGUGACUCAGUUGAUUCAUGCCCAGGAUCGGUACUUCGACUUGUCGGGGAGACAGUCUGCGAGUCCUGGGCUGGUGGCGGAUGUGUCAGUGCCGAGGCGGGAGGAUGAGGCGUUCACAGUGCUGUCUGCUGAAGUGAAGUGUGCGCAGGAACCUGUUGCUGCUGCUAAACCGGCGGUGGCAACAACGAAGAGAAAGAAAGAGUCAUCAUUCGCCAUCUUGGCAGAGACACCGGUAUCACGCCCCACCAGCCCGCGCUCACUGCCUGUCGACAUCAAGACGAGGAGGGUCUCUCCUUUUAGAGGUCGUGGUUUCCGCGAAGAAACUUCGCGUCACAAUACUCCGAAAACUUCAGCUGCAAAUUCCAGAGCAAAUUCACCACCCAGAAGAAGAACCAACUCCUUAUCCAGGAUAGACAAUAUGGCACAAACAGCCACGUUACCUCUACCCAUACACAAUCUACCUAGACCACAUUCUCCAAGGAACUUCCUCAAAGAGAACAUUGAAGAAGUGAGAGAAAUCAGUGAACUGAACAGAGAGAAACAUGAAGCAGAAGCUGAAAGGAAAAGAAUAGAAGAAGAAGAAGCUAUCCUUAAAGAAAUGGGAGUCUUAGACAAAUCUAAAUCUGGUUCCAAAAGUCUUGUUACUUCAAGAGCUAAUUCUAGAAGUAACUCUCCAAGUAAAAUUAAUUUGAAGUCCAGAGAUAGUUCUCCUUCAGCAAUAAUACAUUUUGAAAAUAUUCCUGCUAACAGCAAGGAGUUUGUCAACGCUGAUGAUGGGAUCAGGAAACCGGUGACACAUAGGUCCCGAGUUCGAUCUGUCUCGAAAUCCCAACCCCAGUCGAACAAUGGCUCGCCCAAACAUUCAAAGAUCCCUAAACGACAAAGUUCUGUAUCUCCGACAAGAACCACUACAAAACGGGAAUCGUCUAUGUCGAGGAGACCUCUUGAGAAUAACUUGAAUAGAAAUCAAAGAUUUAUAUCAAGUAGUACGAGCAGUAUUCAUGAAACUAUUAGGAUUGGGAGCCAAGUUCAUGACAAAAGAGGAAGUAAAAGCACUCAACAUUUAAGCAUAUCUCCUGCUCACAUUAGAGGCAAGCCUCCAAUCUCUCCUGGCAGGGGAGGUCCCCCACCUUCAAAUAGAACUAUCAACGCUAAACGCCUAUCUCCUAUCGUUGGAACACCUAACAAAAGUCCAACGGAUGACUUGAAACCAAGUUCAGCAAGAACGACCCCAAAACCAACCCCAGUGCCUAGGAAAACAGUGAAAACUGCAGGCAAUACUCCUGCUACAUCUAGAUUGAAUUCUAGACAGCCUAGCAGGGCCGUAAGUAGAGACCCAAGUCCAGAUAAACGUAAAACUAAAACACCAGUGAGUAAACCUGUGACUACUACGCCACCAAAACCAGUGAGCAGAGCACCCAGUACCAGAACGACUCAAAAACCUACAGUCACAAGUAAACCAGAACCUAAAAAGCCCAUCAGUCGAACAAACAGUGUGAAAAGUUUGACGAGGGCGCCAAGUACAAAGAACUUAGCCGAAAAGCCUCCGCUAAAGAAAACGAACAGUAGAAAAGACAUAAGUGAUAAAUCAAAUUCAACGAAUAAAAUUAAUGAAGUCGGUAGAAAAGAUUCAGUUAAAGAACCUAAGAAGACACCGAAAGGAAAAGAUGAAGAUAAAGGUAAAGCUAAAAGCACGAGAAGCACAGACUCUAUGACCGAUGACAAUGUUGUGAAACAAGACAACGAGACUCAAUACGAUAAGAUAACGAACGAGAAAGGUGAACUGGUCAUAAUGACAAAGAAAAACAUUAUUUCGAUGACCACUGCUGCGAUAACUUCUCAACCUUUAGAGCUUGUGUCAACAGUGACGAACCAACUACCCGCUGCUUUUGAAAAAGCAAGAGAGAAAGGUAUUUUUGAAAGACUGAGUUCAAAAGAAUCUCUAGUAGGUAAAGAAGAUGUGCCUGAUAAGCCAGAAAAGCCAGCCACACAUGAAAAAGAACCACCAAAAGAGAAACCACACAAGCGAACAGAACCCAAAGAAAAAGAGAAAGAAGUUGAAGAAAAAGAAAAAGAGAAAGUCGAAGAAAAAAGGCCUCCCAGACACAAUAAAAACAAUCACGACAAGCCUGUAUUUACAGAAGAUCAAAUGAAACUAAGACUCUUACAACCACCUUAUAACAAUCCUCAGGUAGAAAGAGCUAAGCAAAAGAUAGAAGCUAUUCUAAAAGAGCCUGAGGUAUCUACAGAAAAUAUUCUAACUGCAUCUGCCAAAUCUAGAGAACUUAAGAAGACCGCGGAAGAAGCUGUUGAAAAAACAAAAGCGGAAGCUGAAAAGGUAAAAGAAGAAGCAGCAAAUAAAGUAACAGAAGUCAAAGAUCAAGUUGUAAAACAAAACGAGAAAAUGACCGAAGAAAUACGUUCCGAAGUAACUAAAAUCGUCGAUAGCAUAAUCACUCCUGUAGAACAGCCCAAGGAUAUAACAGAGAAGAAAGAUAAUAUAAAAGACAUUGUUAAGAAAGUUGAACAAGCUAAAAAAGAUAUCGAACCAAUAGUGACAGUUGUUAAUGAGAAAAAGAAAAAUGGUGGUACAGAUAUUGCUGAGAAAGUGAAUGAGACUCUAGUGAAGGGUGAGGGAGAUAUAGAGGUGCAAAGUUCAAAUCUGUCGACUCCGGGUGUCGAUAAAAUAAAGGUGCAGAAGAAAUUGGGAGACGGCAACGGGUCUGAUAGAUCGGCUCAAAGUAAUGGCGGGUUCCCUCAAAGCACGAGCACAACCCCUAAACCUCCAGCUAGGACCAAGAAAGAAGCCAAAGAGACCCCACCAGAAGGAACAGCCACAGAACCUUCUGACCCAACACAUCCUUCAGAAGAUAAACCUAAAGACCCCAACUUCUGCCAACGAUUAAUGAAAAAAUGCAAAUCUAGGUGCUGCGCUUGUUGCACUAAAGGAGAAGAUUCAGACGAUGAGGACAAAGAUAAAGAUAAGGAUAAAGAAAGAAAGAAAGAUGAAAUGCAGGAAGGAAAGAAAGGGAUGAUGAGUAAGCUGAAUUGCUGUAAGAAAGGCGUUGAUGAGGAAAAGGCUGAGCAAGAGAUACGGGAUAUGGAAAGGGCUGCUGGCAAAGCCUCAAUAGAAUACGAAAACGAAACCAAACCGAAACGCACACUACGCGACAUAUUCUGUGGUUGUUGCGGGCGACGGCGACGCGUGGCCGACACAGGGUCUAUGCCACACAAUGUUGCCGAGUCUAUGUCUCCCGCGCCCGAGGAGGUCGGCUGCUGUGGGAGGAAGAAGAGGCAUAUUGAGAGGAGGGAUAGCAUAUUGAGUGAUCGUCCUCCUACUAGUUGCUGCAACAACCGGCUGUGCACGUGGUUGACGGGCAUGUGUCGGCGCAGCUCCGAGCAGUCUUCCAGCAGGCGGACCAGCAUGUUCUCCAAGAACAAGAGCAUGUCGCCUACGCUGCCUCCUGAGGACACACGCAAGAAGCUGGACACCUCUCUAGUAGAGCACACGAGUGUGAUGCGAGGAGCUAUACCUGUGCUGCCCAUCGUGCUCGCAUACUUCUGUCUACUGUGCAACAUUGUUGUACCGGGACUUGGAAGUAUACUGAGUGGCAUGUUCUGUUUAUGCUUCGGCAUUCCUCGAUUUGGAGUACACGACGGAGCUAAACAUAGGAUAGGCUCGUUCGUAAUCAACCUGCUGGUGGGUUGUGGACAGUUGUUCACGGUGCUGUUCUGCCUCGUCGGCUGGGGCUGGUCCAUAUGGUGGGGAGUCAUCAUGGUCAAGACUUCACGUAAAUACCGCAAGCUAAAAAGAGAGGCGGCAGCGGCCGAAGCGGAAGCUGCGCCACCCGUCACCUCCAACAACCACACGCGAGCGUAACCUACCAUGACAUAACGCUUUCUUACUAAACAAACAUUGCUUUUAUCCUUUUUGCAAAAUAUUAUAAAUGAAAAUGUGUAGAAAGGAUAAAACCAAUAAGUUAACCUCUAACUUUUUUACAGUUAACUCUGUAAAUAUAUCGAUAAAUCACAGUUAAGUAUUCCUAAUUGUAAAGUGAAGUUAAAUGAGGGUUUCGUAAAAUGGCGUCCACGAGGUGGCAGCACCGAGUCGUCAGGUCCAGAUAACUGUCAAAGUGCUUAUCUUUACUAUGAAUAGUGAACGAUUUUAGUGUUUUUUUUUAUUUUAUAAUUAAAGCACUGCAUUAUUGUUUUACUAUUGCGGUUGAGUAAAUAAAAAAAACUAAAUCAUA